CCGAGACACUCCACUGACCGAUACUCGAAUUCGGCUGUUUCGGGAAAUUUACGACGACCGAGUGUAAAAUCGAGAGCGGCUUCCUCCUCACCGCAUUCGAUCCACGUCGACGACUCCUCCGACUCGACAAAACAACACAUACUUACAGACAAAAUGGCGGACACAACAGCGAGCGACGCCGUCGUCAAGGCUUCGUACGCCGCGAAGCACAACUUGGCCCCCCAUUUCAUUGGCGGUAACAGGCUCGAGAAUGCCCCUGCCUCCAAGGUCAAGGACUUUGUGGCUUCCCACGACGGCCACACUGUCAUUACCAACGUUCUUAUUGCCAACAACGGUAUUGCCGCCGUCAAGGAGAUCCGCUCAGUAAGAAAAUGGGCCUACGAAACAUUCGGCGACGAGCGCGCCAUCAAGUUCACCGUUAUGGCCACCCCCGAAGAUUUGCAGGCCAACGCCGACUACAUCAGGAUGGCCGAUCACUACGUCGAAGUCCCCGGCGGUACAAAUAACCACAACUAUGCCAACGUCGAGCUUAUCGUGGAUAUUGCCGAGCGUAUGGAUGUCCACGCUGUGUGGGCUGGUUGGGGUCACGCCUCCGAAAACCCCAAGCUUCCCGAAUCCCUUGCGGCUUCCCCUAAGAAGAUUGUCUUCAUUGGUCCUCCGGGUUCUGCCAUGCGCUCUCUCGGUGACAAGAUUUCCUCGACAAUUGUUGCCCAGCACGCCGACGUUCCUUGUAUCCCUUGGUCUGGUACCGGUGUUGACGAGGUCGAGGUCGACGACCAAGGCAUUGUUACGGUUCCCGAUGACGUUUAUCUCAAGGGCUGCGUCAGCUCGUGGCAGGAGGGUCUGGAAAAGGCCAAGGAGAUUGGUUUCCCAGUAAUGAUCAAGGCCUCCGAAGGUGGUGGUGGCAAGGGUAUCCGCAAGGUCCUCAGCGAGGACAACUUCGAGUCGCUUUACAAUGCUGCCGCUAGCGAAAUCCCCGGCUCGCCCAUCUUUAUCAUGAAGCUCGCCGACAGCGCCAGGCAUUUGGAGGUUCAGCUUCUUGCCGAUCAGUAUGGCAACAACAUCUCCCUCUUCGGCAGAGAUUGCUCCGUCCAGCGCAGACAUCAAAAGAUUAUCGAAGAGGCCCCCGUCACCAUCGCCAAGCCCAUUACCUUCAAGGCCAUGGAGGAUGCUGCUGUCCGUCUUGGUCGUCUCGUCGGUUACGUCUCGGCCGGUACCGUCGAGUACCUCUACUCUCACGCCGAUGACAAGUUCUACUUCCUCGAGUUGAACCCCCGUCUGCAGGUCGAGCAUCCUACCACUGAAAUGGUCAGUGGUGUCAACCUUCCGGCUGCUCAGCUCCAGGUUGCCAUGGGUAUUCCCCUCCACCGCAUCCGCGACAUCAGACUUCUCUACGGAGUUGACCCCAGGACUGCCACCGAGAUCGACUUCGAGUUCAAGAACCCCGAGUCCGAGAAGACCCAGCGCAGGCCUACCCCCAAGGGCCAUACCACUGCCUGCCGUAUCACCUCCGAGGAUCCCGGUGAGGGCUUCAAGCCAUCCAACGGUGUGUUGCACGAUCUCAACUUCCGUUCGAGCUCCAACGUCUGGGGUUACUUCUCCGUCGGUUCUGCCGGUGGUAUUCACAGUUUCUCCGACUCACAGUUCGGUCACAUUUUUGCCUAUGGCGAGAACCGUGCCGCCUCGCGGAAGCACAUGGUCGUCGCCCUCAAGGAAUUGAGCAUUCGCGGUGACUUCCGUACCACCGUCGAGUACCUCAUCAAGCUUUUGGAGACUGAGGCUUUCGAGGACAACACCAUCACUACCGGCUGGCUCGAUGAGCUCAUCUCCAAAAAGCUCACUGCUGAGCGUCCCGACCCCAUCCUGGCCGUCGUUUGCGGUGCCGUCACCAAGGCCCACAUUGCGAGCGAAGGCUGCAUGGCCGAGUACCGUGCCGGUCUGGAGAAGGGUCAGGUCCCCUCUAAGGACAUUCUCAAGACUGUCUUCCCCGUCGACUUCAUUUACGAGGGUUACCGCUACAAGUUCACCGUUACCAGGUCGAGCGCCGAUAGCUACCAUCUCUUCAUCAACGGCUCCAAGUGCACCGUCGGCGUUCGUGCUCUGAGCGACGGUGGACUCCUCAUCCUUCUCAACGGUCGCAGUCACAACGUCUACUGGAAGGAAGAGGUUGCUGCUACCCGCAUGUCGGUCGAUAGCAAGACCUGUCUGCUGGAGCAGGAGAACGAUCCCACCCAGUUGCGCACCCCCUCUCCCGGUAAGCUCGUCAAGUACACCGUCGAGAACGGCGAGCACGUCAGCGCCGGCCAGACCUUCGCUGAGGUCGAGGUUAUGAAGAUGUAUAUGCCUCUCAUUGCCCAGGAGGAUGGUAUCGUCCAGCUUAUCAAGCAGCCCGGCGCUACUCUCGAGGCCGGUGACAUCCUUGGUAUCCUUGCUCUCGAUGACCCUAGCCGUGUCAAGCAGGCUCAGCCUUUCCUCGGCCAGCUUCCCGAGUUCGGUGCCCCUGUUAUCGUGGGCAACAAGCCCGCUCAGAGAUUCCGCCUUGUCUAUGACACUCUUCAGAACAUUCUCAUGGGCUUCGAUAACCAGAUCAUCAUGCAACAGACCCUGAAGGACCUUGUUGAGGUUCUUCGUGACCCCAAGCUCCCUUACAGCGAGUUCACCGCUCAGUUCUCGGCCCUUCAUGCUCGCAUGCCCCAAAAGCUCGAUACUCAGCUCACUCAGGUCCUCGACAAGGCUGCUUCGCGUUCAGCCGAGUUCCCUGCCCGCAAUCUCGGCAAGGUCUUCCAGAAGUUCCUGGACGAGAACCUCGUCUCCAAGGCCGACGCUGAGUUGCUGAAGACCACGUUGGCCCCUCUCACCACUGUCAUCGACCAGUACUCUGAGGGCCAGAAGGUCCAUGAGCUCAAUGUCAUCCGCGGUCUCCUCACUUCUUACGUCGAGGUCGAGCGUCUCUUUUCUGGCCGUCGUCUGCAGGACGAGGAGGUCAUCCUCAAGCUGCGUGACGAGAACAAGGAGGACAUCAAGAAGGUCACCCAGACGGUUCUUUCUCACAGCAGGGUUGCGGCCAAGAACUCGCUCAUUCUCGCGAUUCUGGACGAGUACCGCCCCAACAAGCCCAACGUGGGCAACGUCAGCAAGUACCUCCGUCCCGUCCUUCGCAAGCUUGCCGAACUCGAGUCUCGCCAGACUGCCAAGGUCUCCCUCAAGGCUCGCGAGAUCUUGAUCCAGUGCGCCCUGCCCUCUCUCGAGGAGAGAACCGCUCAGAUGGAGCACAUUCUUCGCUCCUCUGUUGUCGAGUCUCGCUACGGUGAGACUGGCUGGGAUCACCGUGAGCCCAGCUUGGACAUCAUCAAGGAGGUUGUGGACUCCAAGUACACCGUCUUCGAUGUCUUGACCCUCUUCUUUGCCCACGAGGAUCCUUGGGUGUCCGCCGCUGCCCUCGAGGUCUAUGUGCGCCGCGCUUACCGUGCGUACGUUCUGAAGAAGAUUGAGUACCACACCGAUGAGGGCGAGACCCCUUCUUUCUUGUCCUGGGAUUUCUCCUUGCGCAAGCUUGGCCACUCCGAGUUUGGCCUGCCUAUCCAGUCCGCUGCUCCCUCCACACCGGGUACCCCUGUGGACAGCACCUUCAAGCGCAUUAGCUCCAUCAGCGAUAUGUCCUAUCUCUCCCACAAGACUCAGGAUGAGCCUACCCGCAAGGGUGUGAUCAUUCCUUGCAGAUUCUUGGAUGAUGCGGAUGAGCUCCUCAGCAGGGCUCUUGAGAAGCUUCCUGUGCUCGGAGCCCGCAAGAGGAACAGCGUGAUUCCCGAUCUUAACGAGAAGCGCAGACCUCCUCUUCAGCGCCUGGACACCUUUGACGAGCUUUCCGCCGUUGUCAACGUUGCCGUUCGUGAUGCCGAGGGUCGCAGCGACGAGGAGAUUCUUAAGGAGAUCGUUCCUCUUAUGCACCAACACAAGGAGGAUCUGCUUGCCCGCCGGGUCCGCCGCAUCACAUUCGUCUGUGGUCGCAAUGAUGGCUCAUACCCUGGCUACUUCACUUUCCGUGGCCCUGAGUACGUUGAGGACGAUAGCAUCCGUCACAGCGAGCCAGCUCUUGCGUUCCAGCUCGAGCUCGGACGUCUGUCCAAGUUCAAGAUCAAGCCUGUCUUCACCGAGAACAAGAACAUUCAUGUGUACGAGGCGAUUGGCAAGGGUGUCGAGACUGACAAGCGCUACUUCACUCGCGCUGUCAUUCGUCCCGGCCGUCUGAGGGAUGAGAUCCCUACUGCCGAGUACCUCAUCUCUGAGGCUGAUCGUGUCAUCAACGACAUUUUCGAUGCUCUGGAGAUUAUCGGCAAUAACAAUUCCGAUCUCAACCACAUGUUCUUGAACUUCACCCCGGUCUUCCAGCUUCAGCCCGAGGAGGUUGAGCACUCCCUUCAGGGCUUCCUCGACCGCUUCGGCCCUCGCGGCUGGCGCCUCCGUGUUGCGCAGGUGGAGAUUCGCAUUAUCUGCACCGACCCUGCUACUGGCAUGCCCUACCCCUUGCGUGUUAUCAUCACCAACACCUCUGGCUAUGUCAUCCAGGUCGAGCUUUACGCUGAGCGCAAGUCCGAGAAGGGCGAAUGGGUGUUCCACUCCAUCGGUGGCACCACUAAGAUCGGCUCCAUGCACUUGCUGCCGGUCAACACUCCUUACCCCACCAAGAACUGGCUCCAGCCUAAGCGUUACAAGGCUCAUCUCAUGGGCACUCAGUACGUCUAUGACUUCCCUGAGCUCUUCCGCCAAGCCAUCCAGAACAGCUGGGCCAAGGCUGUCCAGAUGAACCCUGCUCUUGCUGAGAAGCAGCCCCCUGUUGGCGAGUGCAUUGACUACAGCGAGCUUGUGCUUGAUGACCACGACAACCUGACCGAGGUCUCCCGUGAGCCUGGCACCAACACUUGCGGCAUGGUCGGGUGGCUCAUCCGUGCUAGAACCCCCGAGUACCCUAACGGUCGCAAGUUCGUUGUUGUAGCCAACGACAUCACCUUCAACAUCGGCUCUUUCGGCCCCAAGGAGGACAACUUCUUCUUCAAGUGCACUGAGCUUGCCCGUAAGCUGGGUAUUCCUCGCAUCUACCUGUCCGCCAACUCGGGUGCCCGCUUGGGUCUCGCUACCGAGCUUAUGCCUCACUUCAGCGUUGCCUGGAACGACCCCAGCAAGCCUGAGGCUGGCUUCAAGUACCUCUACCUUGACGAUGCGGGCAAGAAGCGCUUCGAGAACACCGUCAUCACCGAGGAGAUCACCGAAGGCGACGAGAAGCGUCACAGGAUUGUCACGAUCGUUGGUGCUGAGGAUGGUCUUGGUGUUGAGUGCUUGCGUGGCUCUGGUCUUAUUGCCGGUGCCACCAGCAGGGCCUACAACGACAUCUUCACUUGCACGCUCGUCACCUGCCGCUCCGUUGGUAUCGGUGCUUACCUUGUCCGUCUUGGUCAGCGUGCUGUCCAGAUUGAGGGCCAGCCCAUCAUUCUCACCGGUGCCCCUGCCCUCAACAACCUCUUGGGUCGCGAGGUCUACACCUCCAACCUGCAGCUUGGUGGCACUCAGAUCAUGUACCGCAACGGUGUCUCCCACUUGACUGCCAACGACGACUUCGCUGGUGUCUCCAAGAUCGUCGAGUGGAUGUCGUUUGUUCCUGACAAGCGCAAUAACCCUGUGCCUAUCAGCAUCAGUGUCGACACUUGGGAUCGCGACGUUGUCUACACCCCGCCCCAGAAGCAGCCUUACGACGUCAGAUGGAUGAUUGGCGGUAAGGAGGACGAGAACGGCUUCCAGCCCGGUCUCUUCGACAAGGACUCCUUCGUGGAGACCCUCGGCGGAUGGGCCCGCACUGUCGUCGUCGGUCGCGCUCGCCUCGGCGGUAUCCCCAUGGGUGUCAUCGCUGUCGAGACCCGCUCUGUUGAGAACAUCACUCCUGCCGAUCCCGCCAACCCUGACUCGAUCGAGCAGGUGGCCAACGAGGCUGGUGGUGUCUGGUACCCCAACUCCGCCUUCAAGACUGCCCAGGCCAUUAACGAUUUCAACAACGGCGAGCAGCUUCCGCUCAUGAUCCUCGCCAACUGGCGUGGUUUCUCUGGUGGUCAGCGCGACAUGUACAACGAGGUUCUCAAGUACGGCUCCUUCAUCGUUGACGCCCUCGUCAAGUUCGAGCAGCCCGUCUUCAUCUACAUUCCUCCCUUCGGCGAGCUUCGUGGUGGCUCGUGGGUCGUCGUCGAUCCCACCAUCAACCCUGUCGCCAUGGAGAUGUAUGCUGAUGUGGAUGCUCGUGGUGGUGUUCUGGAGCCUGAGGGUAUCAUUGGUAUCAAGUACCGCAAGGACAAGCAGCUUGAGACCAUGGCCCGUCUCGACCCCGUUUAUGCCGACCUCAAGAGGCAGAGCGCCGAUGUCAGCCUCCCCAAGGAGGAGUCUGAUGCGAUCAAGAAGAAGAUGACCGAGCGCGAGCAGCAGCUUCUGCCCGUUUAUGCUCAGAUCAGCGUGCAGUUCGCCGAUCUCCACGAUCGCGCUGGUCGCAUGAAGGCCAAGGGUGUCAUUCGCGAGAUCCUUGAGUGGCAGAACGCCCGCCGCUUCUUCUACUGGCGUGUGCGCAGAAGACUCAACGAGGAGUACAUCCUCCGUCGCAUUCUCUCCGCCACUACCCCUGGCGGUGCCCCUAGCAAGGCUCUCACUGCCAGCUCGACUAAGGAGCGCGCUCGCCACCUCCAGCUUCUCCAGGCCUGGAGCGGCAUCGAGAAGUUCGAUACGGCCGAUCGCGAGGUUGCCGUCUGGUACGAGGAGAACCGUCACCAGGUCCAGACCAAGAUCGAUGCCCUCAAGGCCGAGGCGAUCACCUCGGAGAUGCGCGACCUUAUCCGCACUGCUUCUAAGGGUUCCGAUGACGCCGCCUGGAAGGGUGUCCGUGAUGUCCUGAGCGUUAUGCCUGUUGAGGAAAGAGAGAAGGUCAUCAAGUACCUUACUACUCUCUAAGUGUGUUUAGGAGGAGGCAGUGAGGAGUUGUAAGGGGAGUAAAAGAGAUGGUUAAAGAUGACAUCUUAUUACAUGCUUAUACAUUAUGAUUCCUUUCUUGGGUUUGCGUUUUAUCGAGCGGUUAUAAAAGGAGUUACGAGUAUACAAAUAC